AUGGCUUCACUCGCAGUCACGGCCUUCGCCGCCUUAUCGUCGACUCCCAAGGUCGAAGAGGUCCUGUCGGGAAUCUUUGGCAGCAUCAGCUUGACCGCGUGGAUAUGCCUCCUCCUUCCUCAACUCCUUACCAACUACAAGUCGCAAAGCGCUGAUGGCUUGUCCAUGGGCUUCCUGAUUAUCUGGUUGAUUGGGGAUGUGACAAACCUCAUGGGCGCCCUCUUCACCCACCUCGCCCCGACAGCCGUCGCCCUUGCAACCUACUUUUGCUUCGCCGACCUCGUUCUCAUCUCCCAAUGCGUCUACUACAAUACCAAGAACGCGCGCCGCGCAUCCUCCCGCCGCCGCAGCUCUGCGCCCGUGACAGCCACUGGCGCGAACCCGACUGAGGCGAGGGAAGACGAGCCCCUCCUGCCCGCCUCCGCCCAGCGUCGCCGUAGCUCCUCCGCCGCGGGCCUUCCCGGCUCGCACCGCCGUCAGGGCCUGCAUGAGGAGAGCUCGCUGGACCCCUUGCGCAAGAUGGUCACGGGCGAGGACGACACUCCCGACAGCAACCCGUGGCUUCAUAACACCCUGAGCAUCCUGGCGGUCUACCUCGUCGGCGCGGCGGGCUGGUUCCUCUCGUACAAGGCCGGCGCAUGGGAUACCCCCGGCGGCGACGACAGCGGCAGCAGCGGAUCCCCCGCCGCGGCAGACGGCACGUGGGAGAAGAUUGGUCUGGCGCUGGGCUACUUUAGCGCCGCGUGCUACCUCUGCGCGCGUAUCCCGCAAAUCAUCAAGAACUACCGGGAGAAGUCAUGCGAGGGGCUCGCGCUGCUGUUUUUCCUGCUGUCGCUGACGGGGAAUCUGACGUACGGGGCUAGUCUUGUAGCGUUUAAGCAGGACCGGGCGUAUCUUUUGAAUGCGCUGCCGUGGUUGAUGGGGUCGCUGGGCACAAUGGUGGAGGAUUUUGUGAUUUUUGGGCAGUUCCAUCUGUAUGCGCCGCGCGGAGGGGAGGGGAAGAGGGAUGAUGAGGCGUAG